AUUGUAGGCACAGGGUAGGGUGGGAUGUGUGUAUUCAAUCCUGGCAUAAAAGCUGACAUUCACCAUUCUGCUAGCAUACUUGCUUAUCACUAAAUUCAUCUUGUUCAACACUCUACCACCAAGCACACCAAAACAUUGUUCCAUAUAAGCUGCAGCUGAAUUCCAUUUGGCUGUGUCCACAAUGGCCAAGCACACAUCCCUUCCCCCGCUCGCCGCAGACAUGUCUAGCCCUGAGAAAUCUCACCAACAACAGACCCCAAAAGCACAAUUCAGCCCCAAGCGCCGCUCCCUCGACCGCAAAUGGUACAUCACAACAAUAGCAGCCCUCCUCACCAGCUGCUACGUGAUAAUCUUCAUAUCCGGCACACCACGAGGCGGCCCAGCCGUCAGGGAGCGGGUCCUCUCCAACCCAGGCGGCUGGUCGCACAUCCUCGGCGGACUAAUCUCAAUGACCAUCGGGCCCUUCCAGUUCCUCAUCACCUUCAACAAGCAGCCUCCAGCCAUUCACCGUUGGCUGGGCCGCAUCUACAUGGCAGCCGUGGCAGCCGGCGGGGUGGGGAGUCUCUCUCUGUGCGUAACAACUGUUGCUUAUCCCGCCGGGGCGUGGGGGUUUGCGGCGCUGGGUGCUGUGUGGCUGGCUACUGCGGCGUUGGGUUGGCAGGCUGCGAGGCGGCAGAAUUAUGCUAGACAUCGCGAGUGGAUGAUGCGGAAUUUUGUCCUCACGUAUGCGGCGGUUAUGUUGCGGUGGCAGCUGCCGCUGUUGCUGUGGUGGGGGUAUUCGGUGGUGGAGGCGCUUACUAUUACGGGUUUUUCGUGUUGGGUUCCAAAUGUGGUGUUUAUGGAGUGGUGGAUUGGGCGGGGGGAGAAGGAGAGGAUGGAGUAGUUCUUGCUGUAUAGGGUGUAUUGUAGUUGUUUUGGGAUUUGGGUGUAUAUUGGGGGGCUUUCCUCAUCUGGAGAAGAGGGUAAAUAAUUGUAUAGGGACUUCUUGAUGAU